GAUGAUAUUGUCCGUCAUCCUAACAUGCAGGCACCUUAUCGGCACGUCCCAGACAGUACGGGCUCCUCACAACUUUGAUGUAUGAUGCAAUUACUAAACUAAUAAAAGCCUCAAGUCGAAACACGGUUCCUGUGGUUGAGGAGGUUGGAGGAGGGUGGAGGGGUGGUGCAUCAGCCCGCCUGCUGCCUUGACAACAUUAUCGCUUCCUAAUCAGCAGUUUAGAGUAGGCUACAGGACGAUAGGCCCGGCCUUUUUUUAGAGUAAGUAGUGAUGAAUAUGGCGCACUAAUCAAAACUUUAUGUCUUCAUAUAAGAGGGGAGUUUGUUCCUUGUUCCAGAGGCGCUAAUUCACUACACCUUAAUUCCUGAAUCAAUCUCUGGGGUCCACGUGGAAAAAUUGCUGGUGAGUGACAUGACGUCAUUGGUCAAGUGAUAAAUUACUGGACUUCAGCCAAUCACAGAACAAGCACAAAGUUAACAGGAUAUUUUGCUCCAAUAUUUACUCACUGACAUGUAUCUCUCUCAUUUUGGUUGUUUUGUAGUACCCUAUUUGUUAUCUGAACGAUCCCUCGAAGUCUUCCCAAUCGCAAAUGACUCCCACCAUGAACUGUUUUUUUUAUUGUUGUGCUGCUGGCAGUGCGGAAGCCUUCAUCAAAUAUCUGCAGUCUCAUUAUCGCCCACAGAGCCAUUUUAUGUCAGGAAUCUCCCCUUAUUCUGUGCUUCUUAUUUUAACCAUUAUAUUCUAAAGAAGACAUUAUGUCAUGCACUACACGAUCACAUUUCAGUUAUAGUAAAAACACACGCUUUCUCUUCUUGUCUGUGCAACAUGGAGAUUGGAGACAAUACAGUGCAUCCAGCGUGUACAGUAUAAUGCAGCGUCAGCGUUAAAUGCAACAACUUUAGAGCACUCGACGUGAGAGAAAUGCGUCGCAGUGGAGAACCAAAGUUCACUAUUUGAGCAUUUCAGCCUUUAGCAGAUGGAUUUCGUUUUUCUCUGCAGCUCUGUGGCCGAUACACCUGUGCAUGCUGCUCCUCUCAGCUGAAACCUGAACAGAGGAACUCCCUCAUCGUCUCCUCCAGGAAUCAUAUUCUGCUCACUUCACCUCCUCAAGCUUUUCAGGCUUCGUUGCAAACAAGUAGACGACACGUUUCCAGGAAUAAAGGUCCGUGUUUCUUGCAGCAGAGAGCCGACUGAGGGGGUUUUCCCUUUUCAGAGAAAGGAGCAGAGGAUGGAGGCUGAGCUGAUGAUGCUGGGGGACUGGAGGAUCCUGUUCUCGCACAUGUGCAACGCCAGCCUCCUUCUGCUCUGGAUCCUCGUCGGCUUGAAUGUGGUGGAGGUGGCGGGGUCCCAGCAAGGGAUCCCUCUGUCAGUCGUAAAGCUCUGGGCCUCAGCAUUUGGUGGAGAAAUUAAAUCCAUUUCUGCAAAAUAUUCUGGAUCCCAACUACUGCAAAAGGAGCUGUGGGCUAUCACAGCGCCGCGUCCGGGGACCAACUCCAGUUCUGAGGCCAGUGCCUCGGUCAAGGGCAAUAGCAGGAUUAAUCCUAAAAACUCUGCUGCAUGUCUUGGAGCGUGGGAGGAAAGCGGAACAACCAGAGGAAGUCCACGCAAACAUGGGGAGAGCGUUCAAACUGCAUAUAGAAAGCGGCUCCUGGGUCCAAACCUAGGACCUCCUUGCUCUGAGCGGCUCGUGGAGGCAGCAGAAGAAGCGCACCAUCAGCAUGAGGAUAAUCCCGACCUGCAGUAUGAGUACUUCAACGCCGUGCUGAUCAAUGAAGUGGACGAGACAGGCAAUAACGUGGAGCUGGGAGGAGAGUUCCUCCUGGAGCCCAACGACCAUUUCAAUAACCUGUCAGUCAACCUGAGCCUCAGUGUAGUGCAGGUGCCCACCAACAUGUACAACAAAGAUCCUGACAUAGUGAACGGAGUUUACUGGUCCGAGGCUCUCAAUAAAGUAUUUGUAGAUAAUUUCGAAAGAGACCCAACACUAAUCUGGCAGUACUUUGGGAGCGCCAAGGGUUUCUUCAGGCAGUACCCCGGAGUGAAGUGGCAUCCAGAUGAACAUGGUGUUAUUGGCUUUGACUGUAGAAACAGGAAGUGGUACAUUCAGGCAGCAACAUCUCCUAAGGAUGUUGUUAUCUUAGUCGAUGUUAGUGGAAGCAUGAAAGGACUGAGGCUGACCAUCGCCAGACAGACUGUCUCCUCCAUUUUAGAUACACUGGGAGAUGAUGACUUCUUCAAUAUCAUUGCAUAUAAUCAGGAGAUCCACUAUGUGGAGCCUUGUUUGAAUGGCACGCUGGUCCGAGCCGACAGAACCAAUAAAGAUCAUUUCCGUGAACAUCUGGACAAGCUGUUUGCCAAAGGGAUCGGGCUGCUGGGUGAAGCGCUAGCCGAAGCGUUCACAAUCCUGAAUGAUUUUAAUCAAACUGGACGUGGCAGUGUGUGCAGCCAGGCCAUAAUGCUUGUGACCGACGGGGCGACUGAAAUGUAUGACGACGUUUUUGAAAAGUACAACUGGCCAGAAAGAAAGGUGCGAAUAUUCCCUUACCUGAUUGGACGAGAGUCUGCAUUUGCUGAUAACCUCAAAUGGAUGGCUUGUGCCAACAAAGGAUAUUUCAGUCAGAUCUCCACCUUAGCAGAUGUUCAGGAGAACGUGAUGAGGUAUCUUCACGUCAUGAGCCGCCCGAAGGUCAUUGACCAUGAGCACGACACAGUGUGGACUGAAGCUUACGUGGACAGUGCUCUUUCCCAGGCUCAUAAGUUGAAAGAGAAAGCGGGCCCAAGUCUGAUGACUACCGUCGCCAUGCCUGUCUUCAGCACAAAGAAUGAAACGAAGAACCAGGGUAUUCUGUUGGGGGUUGUAGGAACAGACAUCCCUCUGCAGGAGCUGAUGAAGCUCAUCCCCAAACAUAUGUUAGGAAUCCAUGGGUACGCAUUUGCUAUUACAAACAAUGGCUACAUCCUGACACAUCCGGACCUCAGACCUUUGUAUCAGGAUGGUCAGAAGAGGAGGAAGCCCAACUACAGCAGCGUGGAUCUCUCUGAGGUGGAGUGGGAAGACAAAGAUGAUAUUCUACGCAACGCUAUGGUGAACAGGAGGACAGGGACUUUCUCUAUGGAGGCGAAGAAGACAGUGGAUAGAGGGAGGCGUGUCCUGAAGAUGCACAAUGACUAUUACUACACUGACAUCAAAGGAACACCAUUCAGUGUCGGAGUGGCUCUCUCCAGAGGUCAUGGAAAGUACUUCUUCAGAGGAAAUGUAUCAGUUGAAGCCGGGCUCCGUGAUCUGGAACAGCCAGAUGUCGCCCUGGCAGAUGAAUGGACUUAUUGCAACACAGAGGAGCAGCACGAGCACCGUCACCUGACCCAGAUUCAAGCCAUCAAGCUCUUCAUGACGGGCCACAGACCACACCUGAAGUGUGACAGAGAGCUAAUCCAGGAGGUGUUAUUUGAUGCUGUGGUCACUGCUCCACUGGAGGCCUACUGGACUGGACUGGCCCUCAACAAGUCAGAGAAUUCUGACAAAGGAGUGGAGAUUGCCUUCCUGGGUACACGCACCGGCCUGUCGAGAACCAACCUGUUUGUUCCCACCGAUCAGCUCUCCAAUCAAGAUUUCCUGACAGCGGAGGACAAGGAGGGUGUGUUUAAUGCUGAUCACUUCCCUCUGUGGUACAAGAGAGCGGCGGAGCAGGUCCCCGGCACAUUUGUCUACUCCAUCCCCUUCAGCACAGCUUUAGAAAAUAAGAGUGUGGUUUUGGCCAGCACAGCAAUUCAGCUCCUCGAUGACAGAAAGUCUCCAAUUGUUGCAGCUGUAGGGAUCCAGAUGAAGCUCGAGUUCUUUCAGAGGAAGUUCUGGACUGCCUGCAGACAGUGUACAGCUCUGGAUGGAAAAUGUAGCAUUAGCUGUGAUAACGAGGACAUUAACUGUUAUCUCAUUGACAACAAUGGCUUCAUUCUUGUCACAGAGGAUCAAUCUCAGACAGGGCUCUUCUUUGGAGAGGUGGAGGGUGCUGUUAUGAACAAACUUCUCCAAAUGGGGUCCUUCAAAAGGAUCACGCUGUAUGAUUACCAGGCCCUUUGCAAAGAGUAUGCUGGGAGCAGUGACAGUGCACGCACUUUGUCAGACCCCUUCUCUGUUGUUAAGUGGCUCCUGACUGAACUUGUCAUUUUUCUGCUAGAAUUUAACCUGUACAGCUGGUGGAAUGUCGAUCUCUCAGUUAAAGCUCAGAGAUCUCGGGGUAAAACCAUGAUGGUGCCAUGUGAUACAGAAUACCCUGCCUUUGUCUCUGAACGCACCAUCAAAGAAACAACAGGCAACAUUGACUGUGAGGGCUGUAUCAGGUCUUUUGUCAUACAGCAGAUUCCCAGCAGCAACCUCUUCAUGGUUGUUGUGGACAAUAAGUGUGACUGCAGCAGUGCUCCUCCAGUAACCAUGGAUCCCAUCGAGAUCAUGUACAACGAGUCACUAAAAUGUGACAGACUGAAGUUUCAGAAGGACAGAAAGAAGCCUGAAUCAUGUCAUCCUUUCCACCCUGAGGAAAAUGCCAUGGAGUGUGGUUCAGCAACACGCCUGUCCAGUCCUCUAACAGCAGCUCUGCUCCCUCUGAUAGCAGCGACCAUCAGCAGGUGACCAUUAGCAGCAGGACUGGACAUCAGUAAGGACUAAAUCAACAAGAAGAUGCUUAUAAACACAUAGAGAACAUGGCCAAUCAGAAAUGAAUUUGCUCGUACCUCUGCAACAGGCAGCGCUCUACUAAGAAAAAAUCUUUAUCUGUAGCACUGAGACUCACAUCCAUUAAUGCAGAAAACAAAAAUGAUGUGGUGCAGCAAAAGAAAAUGAGAAUAAUGGGAGUGCUUGGUGACUUUGCUCAGAGAAUUGCAGAUCACACCACUGACAGUUUGCCUACUGUACUGAAUGUGUGCUGAAAUUAAAUAAGAGAAAGAAAUACAGUAUGUCAACAAUAAAAAUAAAUGCCUAGGAGUACUGGUAUUUCUGCUCUAAGUAUAAAACAAGUCUCUUGUGCAAAGGAUGAUAGUAAGCCAUCAAAUUUGUUUGUUUCUUUGUUGUGAGGAAAAAAAUGAAGGCUAAUGUAAGAGUCUGCAGAAUGUAAAAUGCACUUUUGUCAUGUGUGAAAAGAAUGCAGAGCGGUCUCUAUUUUUGGCAGGAAAUUGCUAAAAAAAAACAAUUGACAGUGCCAUCAUAGUUUUCUUUCUUCAAAUAUUUUACAUUCAUUUUGUAGCUAAAUUCUUUUUGAUGUCAGUAAUAAUAUGGAUCAUGUAAAAUAUCUGAGAGACAACAGAAAAUUUGAACUUGCUUUCUUCUGCGAGUUUCUCCUUGUUUUAAAGCAGAAGACAUUUCAGACAAGCUAAAGAUGCAUGAAGAUGAUCACAGAAUGUUACAUUGAUAUAUUCAGCCAUAAUUUGUCAAGGUGACCACAUGUUUGAGAAAGCUGAUGAAUAAAUACAAAGAAAUAUUUUCCUUCCUUCA